UUGCUACAUUAUAAAGAUGAUGUUGCAUUUGUUGAGCAAUAGUCUGGUUUAUACUGUGGACAAGAUAUUGUCCUGUAUCACAUUGACAAGUAUGAAGGUAGUACUCGUAUUUGGAGUGUUUUUGGCAACAGCUUUGUGCUGUACAGACGAUCAGUAUGAAUGUUUAGACGGGCAAUGUAUCGAAUCGAGAUACAGGUGUGAUUCCCAUGUGGAUUGUAGUAGAGGAGAGGACGACAUGGGAUGUUCUGGUUGUGAAAGUUAUAAGUUUAAAUGCGCUGUUGAAGAAAAAUGUAUUACAUGGUCUUGGGUAUGCGAUGGUAUGGAUGAUUGUGAUGAUGGCUCUGACGAACGUGGGUGCUCCAAUAUCUGUUGGAAUAUCGACAUAUAUCAGUUUAAUGCUGCAGGCAGAAGACGCAGUAAUACAAGACCUAGUACUGAAAAACCAGUAUCCAAGGGCCUCGACAAAAAAAGGAAAGUUAAAGCUACCCGAACAAAUACGUCCAGAGAGAAAGAUGGAGCAGAGAAAAUAGAGUAUAAGCUUGAAUUGCUCAGGUUGCUCAGGAGAAGAGACGAAAAAUAAAAUUUUAAACGUUCAAAA